UACUUUGCUUGCCUGCACUCAGAUAAGAGGAAACUGAGAUCUGCCAGCAUCCAUACAUUACAGACAUUACAGAAAGGAGGUGUCAGCUGGUGUCCUGAGCUUGGUUAGGAGGCUGAAAGUCAACUCUAUUGAGGGGAUAGUGUUAGCAGUACAGUAGUGUGGAGUGGUCCACAGCCAUGGAACAGGAGAAACUAGCCGUGUACCACGGAGCCAUCAGCAGAGAGGAGGGGGAGAUGAGGCUGUGGACAGCAGGACGGGACGGCAGCUACCUGAUACGCAACAGUGAGAGUCUAGCUGGGCUCUACUGCCUCUGUGUGCUGUAUAAAGGCUAUGUGUACACAUAUAGGCUGUCCCUGGAUGUUGGAGGCUCCUGGACAGCAGAGACUACUCCCGGCGUGGAGAAACGAUACUUUCGGAAAAUGAAGAACUUGAUAACAGCUUUCCAGAAACCAGGCCAAGGCAUUGCUACACCUCUCCUCUACCCCGUAACCAUGCAGAGUCACACGCACCAUGUCACCGCAGAGAAUCAUACACACCCUGGCAACAUGAAAGCACACCCUAGCAGCCCGCCACCAACUCACACCACUGAGAAUCAUUACCAACAGUAGACAACAGCUUAGAGACACAGAGGGAGACAGACUACGCUAGAGACAGACAUUCUUGAUGUGGGCCUGUAUUCUGUUGUCAUUGUGCUAGUCAUUAAUUUGAAAAUAGCAUUUGGUUUCAGUAUCAAAACUUCAAUGUGAUCCUUAAAUCUCUUUACAUCUGUAGUAUUGAUGUUCUAUAUUGGUGUUUAAAAUGUGUUUCUAAGACAGUAUUGUUGCUAUAUUUGAUUACAACUCAACUACAUAGUUUCAUGUCAGCCGAUAAAUAAUAUGCUUUGUUUUUAAAGUAAAAUCAUUUCUAACUGACAAAUGAAAAUUGCUACCAAUGCUAAUAAAUAAAUGCCAUUGGUUAAAAUGUAA